AGUAAUGACGUGCUGGCGCGGGCGCAAUGCAUUGUGGGUGCCGGUGGAAACAGAAACCAAAUAGCUGCUCAGUUACGGUUUCAUUUAUUUUGAACUGGACGCUGAAAGCUCAGCCCUUGGAUCUUUGACACAGCCAUGUCUUCAACAUCCCAAAAGCAUAAAGAGUUCGUGGCCGAGCCCAUGGGUGAGAAACCUGUGAUGGCUCUAGCCGGCAUCGGAGAAGUCCUUGGAGGGAAGCUGGAGGAAAAGGGUUUUGAUAAGGCCUACGUUGUCCUUGGGCAGUUCCUGGUUCUGAAGAAAGAUGAGGAGCUUUUCCGGGACUGGCUCAAAGAUACAUGUGGAGCAAAYGCCAAGCAGCAGCGCGACUGCUAUGGCUGUCUUAAGGAAUGGUGCGACGCCUUCCUAUAAGCCCCGGUUGCCAAUCAUGUUGUUUUUCUAGCUUGUGAAGUCUGAAAUGUACAUUACCUCUUCAGCAGUCAGUUCAGUCACAAGUAUUCAGUAGUUUUCACAAAAUAAGUAAAGUGACAUGUGCUCUUUUACUUGCCAUUCAUUCAGAUUAGAGCUCCUACUUUCAUUACUUUUCUCACUAAGCUUGUAAGCUACACAAUAAUGGCAGCUUGCAAUGUCUACUCACUGGUAAUUUCCUUAUUAUGCAAAAACKAAUGGAUAAAUUUGAGCUGGAAAGAGUAGAACGCCGACUUCUCCUCCUUUURCUUGUGGGCUACUGAUAAGUCAGGUUGCAUUUGUGCUAGUUAUGGUCUAGCUAGGGCCUUUUAAAUGUCAUCACAACUGUGUUUUAUAAUUAUCUGAAUAAAARAUCUGUUUAUGAAUGUCGACCUUUAACCUGAUCACUUGGCUCGGAUGUCCCCAAAUGUAAAUUCAACUGAUAAUCUGCCGUUUUACGCUUUGUAUUCUCACAUCUGAAAGCAAAAAAAAAAAAAAAAAAAUGCUUUGCUUUACUAGUUCAGUAAAGGUUUAGUGUUCAUUUUAGAUGUCAUUUACUGUUCAGAAAACUAUAUCUCUAGAGCAUGUAGCAUUUUACUGAGAAUACAACCGAUUCUUCUUAUUGUAGUGAURUAGAAAAUACGUGUAGAAGCUGCUGUUCCUGGAACAACAUCACAAUUAGACCACAGCAGAUCUGAUCUAAGGUCUCUGGGGCUGAAGAUGGGAAAUGUACAUGAGUAAAGACGCCGAUGCAACAAACCUAGACACUGUUGAGAUGUGAGCUACAUUACCAGACUUCAAAAUAAAGUGUGUUGCUGUGCUUUUAAGUGAUUAUUCACAUUCACUUUUACGUUUCAUCUGUACAUGAAGUCAUCAGAUGCCUUAAAGCAUGCUGUUGUAUUUAAAUCUGAUAAMGCCCUCUAAUCUGUGUCAUGAACAGCUUUGACCGGAGUCACUGCUGUUCCUUUGUUAAAAAAAAACAAAACACUGGCCAUGUUUUCAUCCGAACUGUGAAAACUUAAGCUUUUCUAUUGUGUUUAUUAUAAAAACAAUAAACUGCAUGUGUCACAUUCAA